CCCCCACCUGUGCCCCCACAGCUCUGAGGGUUGGGAGGCGGCACCUGCAGCCCUCACCGUCCUGCCCUCAGGCUGCAAGCUGAGUGUCCACAGGUUGGACCCCCGAGAAGCCCCAGCUGGGGAGUACUCCUCCCUCCCUCUCCUGUGCUCAGGCCGGCCCUGUGGCUGCUUGCCCAGCAGGUUCCCGUGGCGGGGGCACUAAGUGCCCAGAUGGGCCCCAGGGGGCGUGAGGACUCAUGGGGCCGGCUGGGCCCUCAGGAGGAGCUGGGGUGCUCUCGAGCGCCUGUGGGUGCUGGGUGUGCCUGCUUCCCUGCCUGUCACGAGGAAGUGGGACCGCCCGCCUGCCACGCCCAGCCCUAGGUGCUCCAGCUGGGCCACAGCCUGGUCCUGCCACUGCGCCAGCCAUGGUGUCCCGGGACCAGGCUCACCUGGGCCCCAAGUAUGUGGGCCUCUGGGACUUCAAGGCCCGGACGGACGAGGAGCUGAGCUUCCGAGCAGGGGACGUCUUCCAUGUGGCCAGGAAGGAGGAGCAGUGGUGGUGGGCCACGCUGCUGGACGAGGCGGGUGGGGCCGUGGCCCAGGGCUAUGUGCCCCACAGCUACCUGGCCGAGAGGGAGACCGUGGAGUCGGAACCGUGGUUCUUUGGCUGCAUCUCCCGCUCAGAAGCUGUGCAUCGGCUGCAGGCCGAGGGUAACGCCGCCGGCACCUUCCUGAUCAGGGUCAGCGAGAAGCCAGGCGCCGACUACGUCCUGUCGGUGCGGGACGCGCAGGCUGUGCGGCACUACAAGAUCUGGUGGCGAGCCGGGGGCCAGCUGCACCUGAACGAGGCGGUGUCCUUCCCUAGCCUGUCCGAGCUUGUGAACUACCACAGGGCCCAGAGCCUGUCCCACGGCCUGCGGCUGGCCGCGCCAUGCCGGAAGCAUGAGCCUGAGCCCCUGCCCCACUGGGAUGACUGGGAGAGGCCGAGGGAGGAGUUCACGCUCUGCAGGAAGCUGGGGUCCGGCUACUUUGGGGAGGUCUUCGAGGGGCUCUGGAAAGACCGGGUCCAGGUGGCCAUUAAGGUGAUUUCUCGAGACAACCUCCUGCACCAGCAGACGCUGCAGUCGGAGAUCCAGGCCAUGAAGAAGCUGCGGCACAAACACAUCCUGGCACUGUACGCCGUGGUGUCCGUGGGGGACCCUGUGUACAUCAUCACGGAGCUCAUGGUCAAGGGCAGCCUGCUGGAGCUGCUUCGUGAUUCUGACAAGAAAUUUCUGCCCGUUUCGGAGCUGCUGGACAUCGCCUGGCAGGUGGCUGAGGGCAUGUGUUACCUGGAGUCUCAGAAUUACAUCCACCGGGACCUGGCCGCCAGGAACAUCCUUGUCGGGGAAAACACCCUCUGCAAAGUUGGGGACUUUGGGCUAGCCAGGCUCAUCAAGGAGGACGUCUACCUCUCCCAUGACCGCAACAUCCCCUACAAGUGGACGGCCCCCGAAGCACUCUCCCGAGGCCAUUACUCCACCAAAUCCGACGUAUGGUCCUUUGGGGUUCUCCUGCACGAGAUUUUCAGCAGGGGUCAGGUGCCCUACCCAGGCAUGUCCAACCACGAGGCCUUCCUGAGGGUGGAUGCCGGCUACCGCAUGCCCUGCCCUCUGGAGUGCCCGCCUAGCGUGCACAAGCUGAUGCUGACAUGCUGGUGCAGGGACCCUGAGCAGAGACCCUGCUUCAAGGCCCUUCGGGAGAGGCUUUCCAGCUUCACCAGCUACGAGAACCCGACCUGAGCGGCUGUGGAGCGGGCACAGCCGGGCCCUGCUGAGGAGGGCCCUGGGCAGAGGGCCUGCACCUGGGGUCAAGGCCCACGCGCCACCCUAGGGUUUACUGAGGUGAUGGGUGCAGGAAAGGUUCACAAACGUGGAGUGCCCGCGUCCCACACACGCGUGUGCUCUCGUUCCUCCGUCGUGUGAAACGUGGAGUGCCCGCGUCCCACACACGCGUGUGCUCUCGUUCCUCCGUCGUGUGAAACGUGGAGUGCCCGCGUCCCACACACGCGUGUGCUCUCGUUCCUCCGUCGUGUGAAACGUGGAGUGCCCGCGUCCUAUACACGCGUGUGCUCUUGUUCCUCCGUCGUGUGUGCCUCGGGUCUCAGCUGCUGACAGGCAGCCUGCUCCGGAGCCUGCAGGUGAGAUCCCGGGAGACUGACACGAAGCCAGACGAGGUCAGAGGGGAUUCCGACCACAGCCUGCUCUCUGGAUGUCUGUCUGCAGUACCCGGCUGAGGGUGGGAGGCAAACACGUCUUGCCCCUGCUUUUCCCAGCUCAGCUUGGCAGGAGAAAGUCAUUUGUACGGCUCGCGACUCUUGUGUAAAUUUGGUUUUGGUGCCCACAGGUGCUUUCCUCCCAGGGACAGGUGUUUCUUUCCUGUUUGUCUUGUACCUCGAGAGCCUGGCUUUGUGACCAGGGAGAACUCUCUCCCUAGUUUCCGCCAGCCCGAGCAUCACUGCCCAAGGCGCCAGCUCUUAGGGGGUUUGUAACAAGAGGUUCCCCAUCCACGAGGGGCUUUUCCUGCCUCCACCUUUGUUGCUGGGUCAGUGCUGGAAAGCACUUCUGACUCCUGCCCUGAGAAGGACCCUUCUCUGCUGUCUGUGGGGCGGUUCCGGGCUGGGGGGCUGCCUCCUUUGCACCUGCUUUUGAAGGUGUCUCUUUCAUCCAUGAUUAAGUCAUAAAAAGCUGAUUGGUUUUGGUUUUGA